ACAGGCGGCUGUCACCAGUCCGGCGCAGAUGCAAAACUAUUUAAACGUUUUACUGCUAUUGAAGUUCAGUCAAAUGUCUUAAUCAACUCGGCGACCUUUUUGCAAUGUCAUUACAGGUACUCAUGGACCUUAUUUAGUCUUCUGUUAAUCCCAUUAUACAAGCAGGCGGAAAAUGACAGAGUUUUGGUUAAUUUCGGCACCCAAUGACAGAUCAAAUCAGCAGACAUGGGAAAGGAUGCAGGCUGUCACUACAAAAUCAAAUCUGUCAAACAAUUUUAAGUUUGCAAUUCCUGAUAUCAAGGUUGGAAACUUAGAUCUGAUGAUCACCCUCACUGAUGAACUAGGGAAACUGGAUAUCUAUACGGAAAGUGUUUUGAAGAAGAUAGCCCAAUACACAGCUGAAACAAUGGAAGAUUCCAAAGACAGAAUCCAAGAGAACUUAUUAGCCAAUGGAGUUGACCUGGUGACAUAUGUGACUCGAUUUCAGUGGGACAUGGCAAAAUACCCCAUCAAACAAUCUCUGGUGAACCUGAUUGAAGUUAUAUCAAAACAAAUUUCCCAAAUUGAAUCAGAUUUUAAAUCUCGUUCUCUGUCAUAUAACAAUUUAAAAGGAAAUCUGCAAAGCAAGGAGAAAAAAGCAGUGGGAAACCUUUUAACCUGCACAUUAACAGAUUUUGUUAAGAAGGAUGACUUUGUACUAGAUUCAGAAUACCUGACAACACUAUUAGUGGUCGUUUCUAAAACAAACUAUGGCACAUGGCUAAAGACAUAUGAAUCUCUGACAGAUUUAGUAGUGCCACAGUCAACAAAAAAAAUAAUGGAGGAUUCUGAAGGUGGUCUUUUCACUGUGACUUUGUUUAAGAAGGCAGUUGAGGACUUCAAAAUUAAAGCAAGGGAAAACAAAUUUGUGGUACGUGAAUUCAACUACAAUGAAAAAGAACUCAAUGCAGAAAAAGCAGAAAUAGCACGGCUUGCUGCAGACAAGAAACAACAAUAUGGUCCCCUGCUUCGAUGGCUGAAAGUCAACUUCAGUGAAGCAUUCAUUGGAUGGAUCCACAUUAAAGCACUCAGAGUUUUUGUGGAAUCAGUUUUAAGGUAUGGUCUUCCAGUAAACUUUCAAGCAGUGCUGUUGCAGCCCAGCAAGAAGCAAUAUAAGCGUCUAAGAGAAGUUUUGAAUGCAGUCUUUAAACAUUUAGAUGGAACAGCAGCAACAAGUGUUGUGGAUUAUGGCAUGGAGAUCCCAGGACUGAACAUUGGUAACCAGGAAUAUUACUCUUAUGUCUAUUUCAAGAUAGAUUUGAAUAUGAUCGACCAUUAAAAUAAAUACUGUACCUUCUGAUGCUACACAUAAAUACAGCUGAGGAACCUCUGACACAUUUAAGUAACCUGGUGAUAAACUGCUUUAAAUAGUAUCCUAUUUCAUGGGUAACGCAUUUGUAAACCUAAAACACCUGGAAGUAUUUUAAUAUCAGUAAAUUAUUAGGAAUUAGUACUAUUGAAAACCUAAGCAAGACAUGCAGUUGUGCAUUGGUGAUGUAUUUCUCCAUGCAACACUUAAAAGCAAUUUAAUUCUGUUCACUAAAGGCAAAGAAUUUCUUUUGCAUAUGCUUUCAGUUAUUUAAUCCAAAAAGAUGUUUCAAUUUAAAUAAAUAUCAAAACCAUGAGUUUAAAGAGUAAGUACUGUGUAUUUUAUAGUAAAAUGACACACAAAUGUCAUUUAUUGUAUUAGAGGUCACCGCGCCGGUCAUUCCCGACGCUCCUGUGUUUACUAGUCCCCCUGUUAUUUCGUAUUCCGAGGAUAGACACAGCGGCAAGGGAGACAAGUCGAUUCCCCCACCCCAAACAAUUUAAAAUAAUAAGGCGGAUAAAAUCUACAAAAUCAUUAACACACCAAUUCUUCUUAAUAACGAAUUGCUUUAAUAGCGAACAAGAGUCCAGGACAGUACAUAAACCAAUACUGUACACUGCAGGUUCGAUGACGCUAAUGAUCGUCCCUGGAACACCGUACACUCGUCCUCGGCAAAUGUUAGCUCACUCCCCUCCUGUAGUCGGCUGUGCCUCGAAUUGCACACCGCCUCAACUCGCCAUGCUCUGCCAACAAAGCGUAUUCCCAGCGGUCGUCUCUGCAACCCACACCAGCUCUCUGCUGUCAACCCCGCCUCGCGUCCUGUUCGUUGUUUUUUUCCGGUAGGACUUUACAUAUUCCACCGAGCGACCUUCCGUAUUCAUAGCGGGUACUCGCAGCCUCACUCGCGUUUCUUCUCUCAGCAUUCUAAAGUUUGUUAAAAAAAAAAAAACAACUUUUUUUUUUUUCUUUUUCUACAGAUCGCGGUAUUCCAACACCACAAGUACAUCCAUCUCUUUUCCUUCAUUCUCACAAAAUUGACCUCCCAUCAUCCGAACUCUCCUAACGUUGACAUCCCUCUUUACUGCGAUCGCCGCUGCGCUGAUAGGCAUUUCAGCUCCCUACCGGCGCCACCUGCAGGCAGGUAAUUAAACAAUCACCUGUUCUGGGAGCGGCAACGCAUGCGUCCAACCUGUUCGUCCACUGCGAUUAUUCAAUGAAAACGGGACCGUCAACGCGCACCUCUGUAAUCCAACUAAAAUAAAAGAUUUUAAAAAGUCACGCCGCAGUCAGGAAUUGAAAUCCUUCCACCAAAAACCUCAAGUAUAUGAGCAGGUUAUUAAGAUAGUUGUUUAGGAACACUGAAAGGAGUUUUAUGUAAUAGGGAACUUGUUAAAACAUUUGAAAUGAUAUUGUGUUAUUAAAAUUUGAGUACAAAUAAUUCUGCUCUGUUAAACGGCAUUUAAGCAACAUUUUAAGUUUUAAUGAUGAAAUUGUGUAAGAUCAAAGCUGAAAAGUAGAUUUCCAAAACUCUCAACUCAAACUCCCAUGCCCAUUUUUUUAAAUGGCAGUUGUUGAUUCAGUUUUGGAAAAUUGUUUGAAUUAAAUUCGGUACAGUGUUGUUCAGCACAUGAGCAUAGUAAUAAUGGUAGAGUUUAAUACUGUAUAAGUGCAUAUAUGAAUAGAUAUCUAAUAUCAAGUGAAAUUAAUAAAAGUGGGUAUAGCGAAAUUUAGAAAUUUGCUCUUUACUUUGUUAGUCCGACAAUUUUAUAAUAAUCUCCUCACAGGUAUGCUUCUGGUCAUAGAGUAAUCGUUCCACUGUUGCUUAAAUAUCAUCUUCAACAGUGCAAAAUUAACCCUGACAUCAGUAUAUAUUGAAAAACUAAAUGCUGAUGGUCUAAAUCUUCAGACCGCAGGAGUGGGCAAUAGCGAUCCUGAAGAAGGGCAAUUCUGUGGGCUUUUGUUACAGUUGGUUUCUAAUUUAAUGUCAGUCCUUCCACUUAUUUGAAGUGAGUGAUCCUUUGCUUCAUGAUGAAAUUCCCAGUCUUGUUGCUGCCAUCCAUUUUAGUUCUCAGGA